CCGUAGCUUCCGUUCUGCUAUUACCCUUAUCAACUCUGUUCUCUAAUCUCUACUAAUGUCCCCCAUUGCUCUCAUCAUUCACUCUGAUUCCUAAGCCACUCCGUAGAUCUAAGGCCCAACUACCUCUCUCGAGCUUCGGCUUCAUGACGCGUGUCUCGGCUCUGUUGCCGCCCAUCUCCGACAUGGAGGCUUCUAUUAACGCACUGGAGCAACUUUUGCAGUACCGUUUCAAAAACAGGAAGCUUCUGGAAGAAGCUCUUACCCACUCUUCUUUCACAGAGUCGUCCUCUUACCAGCGUCUGGAAUUCCUAGGUGACAUGGCUUUAGGGCUGGCCAUCUCCAACUUCGUCUACUUAUCCUAUCCUGAGCUAGACCCAGGCCAACUCUCUCUUCUUCGGUCAGCGAAUGUCAGCACCGAGAAGCUCGCUAGGGUAGCUGUCCAUCACAGCCUCUACAGAUAUGUCCGCCACAAUGCCCCUUCUCUUGAAGAAAAGGUGAAGGAGUUUGUGCUAGCAGUCCAGGAAGAAGACGAGACUGAAUUCUAUGGCGGAGCAAUCAAAGCACCAAAAAUUCUUGCAGACAUCGUUGAGUCUGUAGCCGCUGCUGUAUACGUUGACGUUGGAUUCGAUUUGAAGGAGUUUUGGAAGGUCUUUAGAGGCUUACUCGAGCCAAUAAUCACCCCUGAUGUGCUGCAAAAGCAACCUCAGCCUGUGACAAUGUUAUUUGAACAUUGCCAGAAAGUCGGAAAAUCUGUUGACAUAAGAUACAAUAAGACUGGACUGAACAACACUGCAAGCAUCUACAUUGAUGGAGAACACCUAGUCUCUUCAUCUUCAGAGCAGAAGGAAAAUGCGAGGCUUCAUGCUGCAAAGGCUGCACUAGAGAAGCUGGCUUAUAAAGUUGAAAAAAUCAACUUUGAGUUCGAUGAGACUAUGGGCAAUGAUGGAGCAAAACAGAAAUUGUAUGAACUUUGUGGGAAAAAAAAAUGGUCGAAACCUACUUACCGGGUUGAGAAUGAGAUAGGCCCAUCACACGACAAGAACUUUGUCUGCUCAGUUGAAGUAGGUAGCAUUGAUGGUUUAGCUAUUACAGUUGGUAAUAAGAAGUCUCAGGUGCUAUUCGCUACUGGAAAUAAAAUGUUGCGGAUCAGAGAUGCAGAGAACUCAGCUGCCUAUUCCAUGCUAUGUGCUCUGAAAGAUGCAAAUGUCAUAUGAUUCUCUCUACUUCUUAUGGACCGGUGAAAUUAACGGCACGUGGAGUUGCUCUUCCAACCGUCCGGGUGAAAUUUGAAUGAUCCAAUUGAUGUUCAGAUUUCAUCUGGAAGGAGGGUGGAAUAACUCGACGUGAUGUUCACUCCAUCGGAUCUAGAUAAUGUUAAUUUAGAAACUAGGUAGCUUAGUUUUAGUGAGAUCAUAGGUGGAACAUGGUGCAAUACUUUUUAAUUCUGGCAGAUGGUGAUUUCAGUUUAGUUGUCUAGAUAUGGAAUGCAAUUUACUCUGAAUGGCUUUGUGUGUAUUUCUCCACCCCCAUGAUUUGCUGGUUGAAGCAUUCUUUGGAAAAAAUAAAUGUCAUGUUAUCUCAAGGUUCGGUACAUUCCCAUUUGCACGCACAGCUUUUUGAAACAGACGUUACUUUUGAGCUUUGAAGAUAUUCUCCGUAUAAGCAAGUCUCAUAUCAUUAGAUAAAGUUAGACUUGACUUUACUUUAUUUAUUAAAAUAAAAUGUCAAAUUAACCUAUUGAUGAAACAUUACAGUUAACGUGUUAUGUGAAACAGUGAAAGCAUGAAAAUGAUUAAAUGACAUGUUCUGCACCCUAAUGUUAUCUCAACACUUUUACAUGUU